AUGGACGCCAAGAACUCCCUUCCUCCCUCCACGGCUCAUCCUCCGGUCGCCGACCACUCUCUCCCCUUCUUCCCUGUCGUCUCCCGGCCAGCCCCCUGGGCUCACGACAAUAAUAAUACCCCGGCUAUAGCCCAGAACUACCACCAUCACCAUUAUCCGCCGCCUCACUCGGUAUCUCCGCCCUCCUCCACGCCGCCGCAGCUGCCCCUGCCCGCCUAUGCUCCGCCGCCAACAGCCGGCGUCCCCGACGCGAUUCAUGCCGCACAACCACCGGUCGCUGGCGACUCGGGUCGGGGCUCAGGGAAAGCCGCUGUGACCAAAGUCCGCAAGCCUCGGAAGCAGGGCAAUGCGUCGCAGGGUCGUUCGACCCUCUUUUGGGUCCAUAACGACCCGCAGUCGGUCGCGGAGGGCACUCGCGAGGAAACGCUGAAACUCAUCCGGUCCCAUGUCAUGUCCGAGCACAACCGCAAGAAGAGACUCGAGACGAAUAAACGAUACAAGAGCAAGGCCUGGAAGCACCUCGCAUACCAGCCCGCGGAAACGGCUGCCUCCAGCUCGACGACUGCUGCCAGUACCACCGAGACCGCAUCUCCUGCCGAAGCAGCUCGACAGACUUCCCGCAAGACAUCACGAAGCACACCGCUCCCUGCUCAACAUUACUCCCCGUCGUCCUCGUCGUCGAAAUCACCGUCUCCCGAGAACCAACCUAUAAAAGAAGAAGAGCCGGGGCAUGUUGAGGUGGUUCACAAUUAUCCUAUUGUAUCCGAGGCUCCUGUCGACAACUACGGGGUGCAGCCUGAGAGUCAGGCUCUUGCCGUUAUCCAGGAUCCCUCACCGUACACAUAUGUAGGGCAAGGGACGAGUGAUCCUUUCAGCACGAUGCAUACUCCUCUUUCGGAGCGCAUGUACCGGCAUUUACAACACUUCUUAUGCAAACUGACCCGACUUGCAUAUCCGUUACAACGUCGGUAUGGUGCCAAGUUAGAGGCCCAUUGGGCCUCUCUUGUGUCCCACGAUCCUGCCUCAUUGCAUGCUUGUAUUUGUGUCGCCGCGACGAAUUCCGCCCUCGAAUCCGGCGAGUUUCCAUUGACAGACGAGAAGAAAAGCUCGAGCGUGCUACUUCUCGACACAUUCCAUCACCGUGGUGAAACUAUCCGGCUAGUCAAUGAGGGUUUAUCAGACCCCAUUAAGGCCGCUAGCGACGAGCUGAUUGCUGCGGUGUCUGUCUUAUUGACGGUUGAGAUUGCAACCGGCGAUCCCGACUAUCUCAAGAUUCAUCUCGCCGGGUUAAGACAGAUGGUUGGGAUGAGGGUUAGUUUUGCAGAUGUCGCUGACGAUGUUCGAUUCCAAAUUUCAUGGACCGAUAUUCGUGUCGCAUGCAUGUCCUUGACCAAACCCAUAUUCCCGUUUGUCCGCUAUGCCCGGCCAAAGAACUUCACUAUCACCCCUCCGACUAAAGAGCUGGAAUCGACCGCAUCUAGCUUGGUGAGCUUGAUUCAGAUACCCGGCAUCUUUAGUGAUGUCAUGUCCCAGAUUAUCUACGACCUGACCGAUCUCGUUUGGUAUGCGGAAUGGGUCAAGGGUGGUCCACAAGAACAGGACUUUGACGAAGAAACUGAGUGCUACUACAACACCGAGGUGCUUUACGUGGAGUACGCACUCCACAGCGACCGAUACACGGCGUCAGGCGAAGUAAAGGGGGACGCAUCGAUCGAGGGCUGCGUCCGCUUGGCGUGCCUGUUGUUCCACAACACUGCUAUCUGGGACUUCUACCCGCAGAUCGCGCCGGUCUUCCCCAAGCCGAUCAUAGCUUUGCAGAUGGCUCUCGAGUCUACCAUCCGCGCGGGGUGCUACCACCUAUGCCGGGGUCUGCUGAUAUGGCUGCUUUUCGUCGGCGCGUGCAGCAGCAGGAUGCCACAGCAGCGGAAUUUCUUCGUCAACGAGCUCGCAUCUGCAGUGCGCCUCCAGGGCGUCCAGUCGUGGCAGGAGCUUCGUGCCAUUCUGUUUGGCUACUUUUACGUCGACCGGUGCUACCUAGGCCCGCUGCGGUCGUUGUGGGACGAACUCCAAACGACGCCGGCUCCGCACCCGCAUUGUAUAAACAGUAAUUGA